AUGCAAGUCAUCGGUGCUGGAGAACUGGGCUACGAAGUCCUGCGUUUCCUGACCCAGCACCCAAACUGCCACGGUGCGACUCUGUCGGUGUUGUUGCGUCCAGCAAGCGUUUCCUCAGAGAAUCCCUCAAAACAGAAGGAGCUGGACCGACUUCGACAAAUGGGUGUUCACAUUGUACUGGGCGAUAUUGUCGAAAACGCACAGAAUGCCCUCGUGCAAGACCCGGAGAAUUCUUUACUGAAGUACCAGAUUGUUUUUGGCCAGGGUCGUGGAGUUUCCUGGGACUUGUCGACGACAUGGAACCACCAGCGGGGAAUACGCGCAACGACGGCAGAAGAUUGGGCCAAGGACAACCUGGCGUGA